UUGACUAGUGAGUUCUGGCUAUUGGCCAUCUGUCGAUCGGUUAGAUUCCUUUCACGAUUUGAUUUCGGCAGCAGAACAGAGAGAAACGGAACCUUCUCGACGCAGAGCAAGGCUUCGCCGUUGAGAGAUGUCGGCGUCAAUUCGGUCGUUCGAUGACGGCUACGAUCCUCAGUUCGUCGGCGGCCAGUCGGUGGAGGAACUGACUGGCGACGGCUCCGUGGAGUCGGACGGGCCGAUUCUGCCGCCGGCGGUGGAGAUGCAGGCGGAGGAGGGGCUCGCUCUGAGGGAGUGGCGCAGGCAAAAUGCACUUCGACUGGAGGAGAAGGAGAAGAAGGAGAAAGAAACGUUGAGAGAAAUAAUUGAGGAGGCUGAAGAGUACAAAGCUGACUUCUACGGGAGGCGGCAGCUGGCAGUUGAGAACAACAAAGCUGCCAACAGGGAAAAAGAGAAGCUGUAUCUGGAAAGACAGGAUAAGUUUCACGCAGAAGCUAACCAGAAUUACUGGAAAGCAAUUGCAGAGCUCAUCCCAAACGAAGUGCCAACUAUAGAGAAGCGGGGUAAACGGGAGAAGGAUAAGAAGCCCUCCAUUGUUGUGAUCCAGGGCCCCAAGCCUGGUAAGCUAACUGAUCUUUCCCGGAUGCGUCAUGUACUCGUGAAGCUCAAGCACAAUCCACCACCCCACCUGAAGACUGCACCGCCACCGCCACCGCCUGAAACCAAGAAAGAUGCCAAAACCGGGCCACCCCCACCUGGGGCCACCUCUCCUAAGCAGGUAGCCGUUGCCUCUCCCAGGGCUUGAAUCUGAAAUGGCUGUGCUGCUUCUAUCUGUAAAAAAGGUUGUCUUCCUUAUGAAGUGGGGUUUAAUUUGUAUUAAAGAGGAUGCUAGUUUUACAGAUUUCGGGGAUUCUGCCUCUAUGUACAGCAGUACAGAGGUAGCUUGUUUGCGUGUAGAUAUUACUCUGUUGUGCUGUGAAUAUGUCCCUCUGUUUUGUACCAA